UGUAUUACUAAAUACAUACCUGUCUCAGGUAAUGCACAAGGAGGCGUGCGCGCUGUGCGUCUUCGAUUUAUUGAUUCACUCAACUUUUUAAAUUCAUCUCUGGAAACUCUCGCUGGCAAUCUCACGCCGGAUCAGUUGAAACUCACCCGUUCAAUGUUUCCGAAUGACGCACAGUUUCAGUUAGCUACGCAUAAAGGUGUGUUUCCCUAUGACUUUGUUACGUCUAGUGAACGUUUGCAGACUGCCUCGCUACCAACAAAGGAUGCGUUCCAUAACGUAUUGAGUGGCACGGACGUGAGUGAUCUGGACUAUACUCACGCUCAAAAGGCUUGGGACGUCUUCCAUUGUGCCACAUUGAAAGAGUACGCACUUAGUUACCUUAGGGUGGAUACUUGUUUGCUGGCCGAUAUAUUCGAAUCUUUUCGUUUCGUUUGCCUACAGCAUUAUUCGCUUGAUCCCGCUCAUUACAUUACCGCUCCCUCGCUCGCAUGGGAUGCACUUUUAAUUAAAACCGGUGUGCGUCUUGAUCUUGUGACCGACCCGGACAUAUACCUCUUCCUAGAGUCUGCCGUUCGUGGAGGUAUUACAAACGUAAGUCGAUGUCACGCGAAAGCCAACAAUGUGUACAUGUCCAGUCACGACCCGAGCCUUCCGUCUUCAUACAUUUGUUAUUUCGAUGUUAACGCACUGUAUGCUCACACAAUGUUGGAUAAGCUUCCUGUGGGUAAUUUCCAAUGGGUUCCCAAGGAUGAGUAUACGAGUUGGGAUUUCAACACCAUUGACAUCGAUGGUGAUACAUCAUUUUUCGCGGAAGUAGAUUUGACCUUUCCCGAUGAUUGUCACGAUCGCCUAUCAGAUCUGCCUCUGGCCCCUGUGAAUGGCGUACCGCCAAACGUGCGUAUGAGUAAAUUACUUUUAACUCUCGCGCCGCGUACUAAAUAUAUUGUUCAUGCUACAUCACUGCGGCACUACGUUCGGUAUGGGGCGGUCAUCGGCCAGGUUCACCGCGUGCUGCGGUUUGCGCAGGCGGCCUGGAUGAGGGACUAUAUAGCCUUUAAUGCUGAGCGUCGUGCCCAGGCUGCGAACCCCUUUGAGAAAUCGUUUUUUAAAUUACUGUCGAACUCGGUUUACGGAAAAAGUUUGGAAAAUACGCGAAAGCAUAAGGAUAUACGCAUCGCUUCCCGAUACGAUUCCAUUUAUGGGGCGGCUGAGCUGAUUGGUCGUCCGACAUUCAAGGCUCGGCGAAUCAUCGAUGAGAGUUUAGUCCUCAUAGAGAUGCUUAAAGGGACGAUUACCUUUGAUAGACCAUUGUACACAGGUGUCGCCAUUUUAUAUUUAUCAAAAUUAGUCCUCUACGAUUUUCAUUAUAAUUACAUGCAAAAGAAAUUCCCUCCACAGUCUCUGCAUCUCCUGUACACGGACACGGAUUCUUUAAUUUACCACGUUGUGUGUGACAACAUUUACGAUUCGAUUCGCCCCGAUUUAGCUUCCCGUUUCGAUACAUCAAAUUAUGCUCCAGGUAAUGAGCAACGCUUCCCCUUGGUUAAUAAGGGUGUAACGGGGGUGAUGAAGGAUGAGGCCGCUGGCAAUGUCAUCACGGAGUUUGUUGGUCUUCGCCCGAAGCUUUACGCGUUUAAGAUGGAGGACAGUUCUUCUACGCGUAAGGCGAAGGAAAUCAAGGCCAGCGCACUGCGUUCACUCCUGUUUCCUCAAUACCUGGAAUGCUUGCUUCAAAAUUCACGGGUUCUCGCGACCCAACACCAUUUCCGAUCGCGAGGCCACACUGUGUUUACGGAGCGUGUGACCAAGGUAGCAUUGUCUUCAGGAGAUGAUAAGCGUUGGCUUUCUGAAGACGGUGUCAGCACUCUACCUUGGGGACAUAAGGACCUACGCCUUUCCCCGGACCAUGAUUAGCCCUUUCAUAUUGUUACGUUCAGCUAUGCUGUCGUCUCCGAGUCAUGGGGUGGCCUAGCGCUUCGAUCCUCCCACCAUUGCACGUGGAGAAUAACCUAGUGAUCUCCCCAACACGAGAUGGCUGUAACAACUUGUGCUGAUAUGUCGGCCCUUAUACCGAAAGAGAUGGCCGAGCUGUUCUUUACGGAGGAGGGUGGGCCACAGCCACCGCGGGACCGUGAGCCUGAAGUUGGCCGUAGCGAUGGCUCUACCGCGCGCCGAGGGAGUUGAAGAGUUGGCGGGGCCUUCGGGGUUGGAGUUGUCCGCCAACCGUGGAUGAGCGACGUGGCUAUUAUAUAUAUACCAAAAGUUAAAUAAAACCAACAUUCUUUUUUA